AUGUGCACAACGUCCCCGCAUGUGUUCCGUCAAAACCAGGGAGUUGUCAUCGCUUCGUAUCACCCUGCUUAUACCAGCUGCGAUGACCCACCCCAGGUUUCCAUCGACGAUGUUGUCAUCCACAUACAACAUAUUGGUCAGUUGGUUGGCCACCGUCAGGUUGGGCUGGGAUCCGUUUUUGAUAGUAUGGUGGCGGGAGUCCGGGCGCUAGAGGAUGCCAGUCGGUAUUCCGAUCUCAUUCAGAAAUUGUUAGAUCGGUGGCUAUCGGUGGAGGAUGUAGCCGGUGUAUUAUGA